GCAGCACUCGGGCGAGGGCCCGUGUCCCUGCGACGCGCCCGGCCUCAAGCCGGCCUCCGAGCAGGACGCCGCCGACGACCUGAAGGCUAUAUCCGACCCGGAGCCUAAGAUGGAGCGCAACACGGAGUCAUCGAGUUCGCUGUCGGACUCGGACUUCGAGUACCUGACGGCGGCCGUCAAGCGCCGCAAGCUGUCGGCGCCGCGCCGCAGCCCGCGCGACAAGCUCGAGCGGCUCACGCUGCGGCCAGACGACGACGUGGAGGAGCUACUGCAGGUGGUGGACGAGCGCCUGCAUAAGCUGGACUCGCGCCUGGUGCGCCUGCUGGCCUGGCAGCAGCUGCAGCAGAUAUCCUGGGGCGAGGGCUGCGUAGGCUCGUGGUCGCGCUGCGGCAUUUCGGCCCGCGCGCGCCGCGCCGUCGCCGCGGCAUUAGCGGGGCGCGCCCUGGCCGACCGGGGCGCCGCCCUGCCCUCCGCCUUACUGUCGGCCGCCGACCGCCGCCGCAUCGCGGCUGCCGUGUGGGGCGCCCCGCCCCCGCCGCCCCCACCUGCCCCACCGGCCCCUGUGCCGCCCUGUGACGCGUAUGUCAGGGCUACACUCAGUCCUGUUGCACACUGGUCCGCUCUAGCCGACCGGGGCGCCGCCCUGCCGUCCGCCCUACUGUCGGCCGCCGACCGUCGUCGUAUAGCGGCUGCCGUGUGGGGCGCCCCGCCCCCGCCGCCCCCACCUGCCCCGCCGGCGCCUGUGCCGCCCUGUGACGCCUAUGUCAGGGCUACACUCAGUCCUGUUGCACAUGAGCAGACCCAAGCAUUUACUACACAUGGCCUUACUGCCGACCGGGGCGCCGCCCUGCCGUCGGCUCUACUGUCGGCCGCCGACCGGAGACGUAUUGCGGCAGCCGUGUGGGGCGCCCCGCCCCCGCCGCCCCCACCUGCCCCGCCGGCGCCUGUGCCGCCCUGUGACGCGUAUGUCAGGGCUACACUCAGUCCUGUUGCACAUUGGUCCGCUCUAGCCGACCGGAGCGCCGCCCUGCCGUCCGCCCUGCUGUCGGCCGCCGACCGCCGCCGUAUAGCGGCUGCCGUGUGGGGCGCCCCGCCCCCGCCGCCCCCACCUGCCCCGCCGGCGCCUGUGCCGCCCUGUGACGCGUAUGUUAGGGCUACGCUCAGUCCUGUUGCACACGACGGCAUGGGAGCGCUAGCCGGGAGCCCCGUUGCGAUGCGGCGCGCUGCUCUCACAGUGGGCACGGACAGCGGCUGCGGCCUGCGCCUGCCCGCCUGUCGCCGCGCCGCGCCGCACCACGCCACCAUCUUCAUGGACGAGGUGACACGCCACUUCGAGCUGAUCAACUAUUCCGAGUGGGGGACACUAGUCAACGGCGUCCUUUAUACCUGCGACGCGGCCGCCGCCUCGCCUCGCCUGGAUGAGGAGCAGGCGCCGCAGCCGCUCCCGCUGGGCAGCCGGCGCCCGCACGCGGCCCACAGGAUCAACGGCUCCCUAACACUCCCGAUGUCGGACUCCGAAUCGUCCUCGUGCCACUGUCCCGAGCGAGAGCCGGAAACCCCGGAAGGUGCGUGGGAGGGCUCGGCGCUGCUACCGCACGGCGCUCUGCUGGCCUUCGGAUGCGCGCACUACGUCUUCAGUAUCACAGAUAACGCCCCAUUCCCGUAUAUGGACAUGCCAGACGAGCCUGCAUUGUAAUACACGCCGAGAAUCUGCUGCCAGCGUGGGUAGAUCCAGAUUCUAAUCGGCGCCAUUGUACAUAACCUCUCUAUAUGAGAUUGUCUUCAGAAUCACCGAUAACGCGUCCUUCCCGUAUGAUGAGCCUGCCCUAUAACGGGAUACGAAUACGAGUCAACGCUGCCAGCCUGGGUAGAUCCCGAUUCUCUAUCACAUGGACUUCCACAUCUUAGUAAGUUAGUACCUCUUACAUGAGCCCUUCCGUAUAUGGACAUGCCUGAUGAGCCUGCCCUAUGAUAGAGCACGUCGAGACUCAAGCAAAGCGUGAUGAGGGUAGAUCCCGAAUCUGUGUCGACGCCAUUUUGAUCGUAACUCACUCUGUAACCGAUCAAGCGUAUACUCCACUAGCAACGCCACUAGAUUUUCCACUCAGUUCAUUAGACUUGAGUCUAUGCUUGAGUGGAACCCGUCUUGUGCGUAGUUGCUUAAUACGAGGUGUAAUGUUAUAGCUGGCGCCUACGUUAAGGUUUUGCGCACUGAAUCCAACUUCUCUUUGCUGUGAGCUCUCCCCUGAAUGUCUCAGACAAUCAGUAGCGUACAAAUAACUCUACUUUCAGUUUAGAAGGCGAAAAGUGGACUAUUGAUUUACUUUCUCUCAAUGCACUUUUUAUUCGUGUUGUGUACGUGUGACCAGUGAACUAAGUUUUCGGCCUUUGAUGUGGUUACAGCUCUAAGUGGAAAGACUUGACGUAAUAUUUAUGUUUUAGUGACAAUUAAUAUGUAUAACAUACAUAGGAAAAUAGAUUGUUAUUCUAAUUAUAAGAAUGUGUAGGAUUUUUGAUAAAGGAGCAGAAUUGAAGGGUGACAUAACGUCCCAGCGUUGGGAGUAAACCCCUAUGUAUUGAUAUGAAUCUAUAAUUAAGUAUCUUGUUAUCUUUUUGAGGAGUUAGGAUAUUGAAUAUUCAUCCUGUAUUUAUGUCCCUGUGUACAGACGAAAUCAAGCUAUACGCAGGCCGAUCUUAUGUAGUUCAAAUAGGUACUAUAUUGCAACAAAAUCUAUAGUCGGCUACCUAAAUAAACUCCGACAAACGUUACUUCGACAGUACGCCUUUGUCAGUGUAGUGUCGAAGUAAAGUCAUGUCGAUAUUCAGUAGUGUCGAAGUGACGUUUGCCGGAGUUUAUUCAGGUUGCCUGUAUAGUCUGAUCUGCUGCUGUCGACUGUACUUUUGAAUUACCACCAAAUUGCUAGAAUCAAGGGGUGAAUGUAAUAUAAGUUAUUAUUAUGAUGUCCAAAAUAAGCAAAUAUUUUAUUGUAAUAAUGAUAAGUCAUUUAUUGGGCUUAUAAAUUACUGAUUUGAAGUUAUUAUUAAAUAAUACAUGUUACUGCCAUAGUAAAUGUGGUUAAUUGUAGACUAAAAUAUUGCCUAAAUGACUCGAGUCAUAUUAUUAUAGCAUACUAUUUCCUCUUUACGCAGUUAUACAAACAGAAUGUAUGUAUAACUUUUGUUAAGGGGUUUAAAAUUAUUUAGACGCCUGAACUACAUGUAUCCUAUCAGUUGUCUUGCUGUGUAUUGUGCUUUUGUAAAUAAUCCUUUUUCCAUUCUUACGCAUAAAUUUUAAAUAUAUGCAUUUGACAACAUAGAGGAAGGCUUAAAACCAAGUAUUUAUUCAUAUUUUCUCUCAGUUAAGCAUAGGAAAGAUACGAAUCUUGAAUUGCCCUGAAUGUGUUCUUCUCUUAUCCUUUGUUCCUGAAUUACUGUUUAUUAUGAAAUGUCUAAUGAUAUUGUGUUGAUCACAUUAGUUGCAUAUCAAUUUCUGUAAUAAAUAAUGUUUGUAUUA